GUAGAUUCGUGCUACGUUGACGUUGGAUUUUCGCCGUGUUUUUUAGAUGUUAAUCUUCGAAGUUAACCCUUUUAAUGCUAUUGUCGAGAAUACUAAUAGAAGUGGCGUUUUAAAAAAGUGAUUUUAAGAUACUAAAAGUGGUGUUUCAAAGUAGUUAACAUUAGAAUAAAGACUUUAGUGAUAUAGUGUUUGGAUGGGCUAUCAUGGUGUUGGAGAGGUUCAAUUCAUCGAAUGCGGAUAAGGAGUAUCACCUAAAAACUAACUGCAAAACAAAAAUGAUAACAUGAUGAAAUAUGUUCCAAAAAAAAUUCGAUGAGAACAAAAUCGAAGAGCAUAGCACUAGUAUGAACUGUCAUGAACGACAAAUAAUUCUAAAUGGACACAAAACAAAAAAUCCUUCACAGAAAACAAUACAUAUAAAUUUCUAUUGUAUAAUAGUCAUAACUUUUUUAUCCCUAAAAACGGUUAAUUCUAACACGACAAAUAUGAACCGACACCAUACGAAUGUUAUCAAAAACAUUAUAACGAAAAUGCAAAAAGAUCAACCAAGCGAUGAAAACUAUGACGAUCAUGAUCGAGAACACGACCCCAUAGAUUAUGCCAAAGUCAAUUUCGAUCACAAUCCAUUUUUCAAUAGUGAAGAUUUCCUACAAAAAUUCUACAAUAGCGAUAGCAGUGCAUAUAGUAAUUACGAUGACUAUAAAAAGUACUACUUAAACCCGUCGAAUCCCAUUCCUAAAUCUAAAGUGAAAUUUAAAAUAAGCAGUAGGAUAGUACAAACUAAAUAUGGGAAAUUACAGGGCAUAGUAUUGGCUAUGGACGAACAUAGAUAUUUGAGUCCUCUUGAAGUGUUCUUAGGUGUACCGUACGCUACUCCACCCGUUGGAUCUAACAGAUUCAGUCCAACAAGAACUCCAUCACCUUGGGACGGCGUCAGGGUAUCAGAUAGGCCAGGUCCAGCCUGUCCCCAGACGCUACCAGAUAUUGAAGAUGAAAGGACGAUUUUAGAGAAGAUGCCUAAAGGCAGAUUAGAAUAUUUGAAAAGACUGAUGCCUUAUCUUAAGAAUCAAAGCGAGGAUUGCUUAUAUUUAAACAUUUUUGCUCCUCUACAAAUGGACGAAACUAAACUAGAAUUGCCUGUACUAGUGUAUAUUCACGGAGAAAGUUAUUCUUGGAGCUCGAGUCAUCCUUACGACGGGGCUGUCCUGGCCAGCUACACUGACCUCAUCGUGGUGACACUUAAUUUCCGAUUAGGGGUCUUAGGCUUCCUCAACGCUAAUCCUGUACCUCACCUCAAAGCUCGAGUGGCGAACUACGGCCUUAUGGAUCAAAUCGCAGCUCUACACUGGGUCCAACAGAAUAUUGCACUGUUUGGAGGAGAUCCAAACAAUAUCACGCUCAUGGGUCACGGAUCGGGAGCGGCUUGUAUCAAUUUCCUCAUGAUAUCACCUACUGUGAUGCCAGGUCUUUUUCACAGAGCGAUACUCUUAUCAGGCUCCGCGCUCAGCUCGUGGGCUAUAGUCGACGACCCUGUCUAUUAUUCUCUUAAGCUAGCCAAGCAUAUAAACUGCACCGUUCCAGAAGACUUAUCGAAAGAUCAUGAAGUAAUCGUGGAUUGUUUACGAGAAGCCAGCAUAAGAGACUUGUUGGCAGCAGAUAUAUCACCACCGAAUUAUUUAACAGCCUUCGGGCCUUCAGUGGACGGAGUGGUCAUAAAAACGGAUUUCGGCAAAGACUUCUUGACCAUGUACUCGACAGGAGAUUUUCCGAGUUUUGGUCCUCUCAACAAUAUGAAUUUUAACUUUAACAUUCACAAAAAAAGGAGCGACAGCGGUCGAAGGUUGUUCCAGAACAAAUACGAUUUGCUAUUUGGGGUCGUGACCAGUGAGGCGCUAUGGAAAUUCUCGGCUGGUGAUGUUCAAAACGGGAUAGAGCCUGAUAAAAGAGAUCGCAUGUUGAGAACGUACGUCAGGAAUUCGUAUACAUACCAUUUAAGCGAGAUUUUCUACACCAUCGUAAAUGAAUACACCGAUUGGGAACGAACGGUAGAGAGUCCAACAAACACAAGAGAUGCAACUGUAGCAGCACUCUCCGAUGCUCAAUAUGUAGCCCCGAUAGUGCAAAGUGGUGAUUUGCUCAGCGGUGGACCCAAGCCAGCGCCUAAUGAUGACGAAGGACCAGGACGGCCGACCAAGACUUACUUCUAUGUUUUCGAUUACCAAACCAAAGACGGAUAUUAUCCUCAGAGGCUAGGCGCAGUUCACGGGGAAGAGCUUCCGUAUGUGUUCGGGGCGCCCGCUGUUGAUGGAUUUGGUCAUUUCCCGCAAAACUAUACGAAGUCUGAACUGGCUUUGUCAGAGUCUAUAAUGAUGUUCCUCGCCAACUUUGCGAAGACCGGCGAUCCUAACGACAACACGCGGCAGGAAGCGUUAUUGCCGGCAUCGAGAGAGCGAAAUAAGUUCCGGGGGGUUAAUUGGGAGGAAUACGAUUCAACUCACCAGAAAUAUUUGGAAAUAGGUAUGAAACCUCGCCUGAAAAACCACUACAGGGCACACCAGCUCUCUGUGUGGCUUCGACUGGUUCCUGAAUUACACCGCGCCGGCAUGGAAGACGUCGCAGCAAGGCACAACUUAUUCAAAAACCACAACGAGCAGGAUCUGUAUGAAGGAAUCGUCAGACCCGAUCCUUUAGCGAGGAAUAAUGACAAUGAACCGAUUAGAAGAGGGAACGGAUCUUAUGCUGAAACAGCUCUGACCACGGUGGAUAGUAUUUUGGCCACUUGUGCCACGAUAUUACCAGGGAGAGACCUGCAGACUACGAACACAACGGAUAAUACACUAGGACAUUUAGAGGCUGCUGGAUAUGCAGCGUACUCAACCGCGCUGAGCGUUACUAUAGCCAUUGGGUGUUCUUUACUAAUAUUAAACGUUCUGAUAUUUGCUGGAGUUUAUUACCAAAGAGACAAGUCAAGGUCUCGCGGUAAGCAGCACCGUUUUAACGAGAAACACUUCGAGACAAUAUCAGGAAAGCAUUCUCAUUAUCACAUCGAUCCGACGCACGCGCCCAGUCUGGUCGUUGACGUCGAGAGACAAAGCCGAAAGAAGCACAUGAUGGGUACAGAACAGCACCUGUCAAAUUUGAACUUCAAGGGGCCUCUGGAUGUACCGAAAUCACCUCCGAGCCCGUCUCUGAGUUUGGACAACAUGAUGCUACCAAGUAAACUGGGGAGCAGGACAAACAGUUUUCGGAUACCAAACCCCAGUUAUCCCCAGGUAGGCAGCUACGCGACUAUGCCUAAGAAUUCGGGGCAGUUUAAUAACUCGCCCCCUUUGCAAGAGUUGAGGCAGAAAUACCAGCCGCCUAACGGCUCGACGGGGCAGGGCUCCCCUCGCAGGGAGGAGAGGGCGGCCCACGCCACAUUACGGCGGGGCGCACCAUCCAACCUACCGCAGGCUGCGAUUGACGAAAUGAGAGUGUGACAGAUAAUAAUUUCAUCGGACUGUUUAUUGCGGAAUUAAACGUAUAUAAGUGAGUGUGCGAGUGUAAAUAAUGAGUUAGAACAGUAAGUAACCUUUUUAAUUUUUAGGCGAAUGGAAAAUGUUAUCGAUCUUCGUUAAUAUCGAA